AUGUCCGCUGUAUAUAACUUUAGCGGUAAAGUAGUGCUAAUCACGGGCUCGAGCGCCGGCAUCGGUGCGGCCACUGCUGUUGGGUUCGCCCGUUCGGGAGCACAGGUUGUGGUGACCGGACGUAACGGACAGAGAGUCAGUGCAGUCGGGAAGCAGUGCUCAGACGUAUCGCCCAAUGGGUUGACAGCACUGGAGGUGACGGCAGAUGUGAGCAAAGAAGUNAAUAGACUUGACGUUUUGGUCAAUAACGCGGGCUUUGGUCUCAACACCGGUAUAACUGACCCACACUUUGGCCAAACUUUUGACCAAAUGUUUGCCACUAAUGUUAAGUCAGCCGUUAUUUUGACACAAUUAUCGGUCGACUAUUUAAUGAAAACAAAAGGAAAUAUUGUCAACAUAUCAAGCAUUGCCGCAAAUAUGACAGUCCCGAGUCUAACUGGGUAUUGUAUGACAAAAAGUGCCCUGGAUAUGUUUACUAAAUGCAUGGCAGCUGAACUGGGGCCCAAAGGCAUCCGGGUUAAUGCAGUGAGUCCCGGAGCUGUGCGGACACUCGCGCGCUCUACAAGAGGUGGUGAGGCUAUUGAGGACACCGACAGGUUUUACCGAGAGGUGAGCGCCAGGUAUCCGGUGGGCAGACAUGGAGUGCCCGACGAUAUUGCCAAAGCAGUUAUGUAUUUGGCGAGUGACCAUGCACAGUUUAUCACCGGUACUAUUCUUGUGGCCGAUGGUGGCAAUUUGGCAGCAAGUGUUAAUUUGACCUCGACCAAAUAA